AUGGCGGCAGCCAGGAGGCUGAAACGCGUGGUGGCAACACAGCCAGGCUUUUUAAGUUUCUCGGAAAAUAAAGCCGACGUUAGUACUCGAAGAAAGCGCGUGAACAAGAAUAAGAAAAAGAACUGGAACAAACACAGCGACAUUAAUGACGUAGAAGAUUUUUUGGAAGACAUCAGACACCAAGAGAGGACCACCGGUGGAUUGUUGGCUGAGAAGCCAGAUGACUCGUUAUUCUUUCUUGAUGCUGGACAUCAACAAAAAGAUGAUCGCAAAGCAUCAGAGCAGGUGAAGAACAAGAAGAGGAAAGGAAAGUCGCAGCGUCCUCUCAGGAUAGACCUCAUCCUGCAGCAUGAUUCCCUUGUCCCGCCAAUUAAAGAUGUGCUGGCCUAUCAACAGCCCAAUGCAAAGAAACUUCGGAAUGCUGCCAAAAGGGUAGAGCACCUGGCCGCCAAAGGCGUAGUGCCACGCAGCCAGAAAAAGCUGCUCAACCGACAGACACCCAAAACAGGAGUAAAAAAGGCAGUGACGGAGGCCAACAAUUACCCAAAAAGAGAAUAUUAUGACAUCUGGGGUCAAGAGUCCAAAAGUUCAGCAGAUCCAUGGUACCUGCAGCAGACUGGGAAAAAGCGGGUCAAGCGACCAGAGAAGAUGAAUGAUAAGCCAUCCACACUACCUGCAGUGGAGGUGAUCGCUCCUGGCGGUUCUUAUAAUCCAGACUUCUUCUCCCACCAGGCUUUGCUUCAAGAAGCCCACAACGUGGAGAUUAAGAAACAGAAGGCGGAAAAAAGAAUUGAGAGACGGCUCGCUGUCGACAAAGACAAAAGAGCAACGGAGGAGACUAUCUUUCAGGAGCAAGUGGAAGGCCUGGUAGAGGAGAAUGAAGACGACGAAGUGUCUGCUAUUAAUGAAGACGACAAAGUGUCUGCUAUUAAUGAAGACGACAAAGUGUCUGCUAUUAAGGAAGAAGAGGAGGGCACAGUGGGAGGAGCCAUCGUACUGGCAGAGAAGAAGACUGAGAGACAAAGGAAAAAAGAAAAGGCAGAAAAAAUUAAGGAGCAACAGCGGCUGUCUGAGAAAAAUCAGACCAACAAACGCCAACAACUCUUCCAGCUUCGCUCUAUCAAAGCCACCAUUAAACAGCAAGAAAAGAGAACCGCUGCAAGACAGAAACGACGCAAGGCCAAGAUGGAGGCCCAGAAAUCUCAGCCCAGACGCCUUGGAAAACUCAAAUUUCAGGCUGAUGAUAUUGAAAUCAAGCUCAGUGAUGAGCUCAGAAGUUCGCUACGAGAACUAAAGCCAGAGGGCAGCGUCCUCAAGGACCGCUUCAAGAGUCUGCAGAAGAGGAACCUGAUUGAACCCAGAGAGAGAGCCAAGUUCAAGAGGAAGUACAAGCUGAAGUAUGUGGAGAAAAGAGCUUUUAGAGAGAUCACUUAA